GUUUGACUUUCUCAACGUGUCACCACGAAACUGAAACAUCACUGCCGUUGCAUACUAAGCUUCACCAAGCUUGCGGCACGGCCCUGCGAACACCGUGUUUCGAUGCCGUUUCGACAACAUAUCUUUUCGCCGUAUGAGGUCUUCUCAGCUGAGAAUGCAUAUCUUCUGCUGUACACGUCGACGUUUCUUCGAAGCUUUCCUACCCAAUUGACUCAAGACGACAUGUUGUUCAGGUUGCUGACACUACUCUUCGCGGCCAGCGGUGCGUAUGCACUGCCCAAGGCGCUGAGACGAGAGGCACAAGCAAACAGUAGUUGCGAUGCGCUGAAAUACUCACAUCUAAUCGGCUCCAUCCAAGAGACGAUGUUCAUUCAGAAGCAGGAACUACAGGGCUUGCAAACUCUCCUUUCACUUAGCACCAACACCGGCUCUCUCACAGCGCCCACAAACGGCACACAGUCCGACUUCCAACUCAACCAGAUCUCCAUCGUCUCAGCUGAGCUGAAAGCUAUCGCUAUACGCGAACGCAGCCAGAUAUUAGCAGAUGAGCUGAGCAGCCCUAGCGCCAAGGGGCUUGCAAUGGUGGCGCAGUCGCAGGCAGCCGUCAUGAUCGAUAUGCAGAGCUUGAAAGAAGGUAGAGAAGGAGACACGAAGAUGCUGGAAAGUUUGGUUAGAAGAGUGAAAGACGCUAUGAUUCAGGAGGAGAAGAAUCUGAAUGUGGCGGAUGGAGAGUGUGGGAAGUGAUAGUUUGAUCCGGCCGCUAGAUCAUCUAGCCAGAGGUGAAAGCAACAUCCGAAUUGAGGUAUGAGGGCUUACACGGGCGCACCCAUUUUAUUUUUGCCGCCGCACAAUAGCUGAGCAGAAACCUCAGUACAAUGGACAACAGGAUGAUGUUGUUUCCGGAUCAUCUUCAAAUACUUCAGGAGCGCCUCUCCCACCGAAUACAAUCCUGCCU